UGAGGCCUUUAGCUCGCGUCAACUCCACCCCCUUCCACUAUCCUAACGCUCCACAACGGAGAACCGUUAAGCUUCCAAAGUUAAGAGAAGAGCCCAGGAAAGAACAAGGCCAUCUCAUUUUAUGGCAACCUCCAGCAUGGCCUCAGCGGCCUCAAGCUUCGUGUUCACGUCCAACCUUUCCACCACCUCCAACGCUUCCUCGCGUUCCAACUCCGUCACCUUCUACAAGCCUAGCAGAAGAUUUGUGGUUCGAGCUGAAGAGGCAUCGGCGCCGCCACCGGCUCCCACAAAAGAGGAUGGACCCAAGGAGGCUGCCAAGCCCCCUCCGCCACCACCAAUUGGACCAAAGAGGGGGACAAAGGUGAAGAUCCUCAGGAAGGAAUCUUAUUGGUAUAAUGGCAUUGGAUCAGUCGUGACCGUGGAUCAGGACCCAAGGACUCGCUAUCCUGUGGUGGUUCGAUUCAAUAAAGUAAACUACGCCGGUGUGUCGACAAACAACUAUGCAUUGGAUGAGAUCAAGGAAGUGAAAUGAGGGCUGCUGCUUGUGUUCUUUAACCAGUCCUGUACUGAAGUCUGAAACUUGUAUAAUACCAGUCAUUGUGUACUUUUAUCUAGCAACAUCUUUUAAUUUCAAAUUCCAAAUGAAUUGUCCUGGCGCAUACA